UGCUUACAGUUGAAUCCUACACAUGUACUGUUCAACUCAAGAUUUUCUCCCUAUGUUAUCGACGUGAGCCACUGAUUACGAGAUUUACUACUUUUUUCCACAUGAGGUCGGUGCAAACCUAUCACAGAUCGCGAGCCCAGCCAUCUCGAGAGCAAUAUGUUUUGUAUACCGUACAGAAGCUGAGCUCGUUUGGCAAAGCAAUGGGGCAGCGGACAUGACUGUUCUGUAACAACUGACAUUGUCAUCUAGACAAAACUUGCACUCCGUGCGCUGGGAUGGACGUACGUAAACCAGAGGUCUCAUCUUACCAUACGACGAUAUGCAGUUGGCAAUAUACGAUGCAUCAAUGUAUUAGGAAGCACUGGGACUGGUAAGAGGAAAAACGUGAGCUAGCAUCAUUUUUAAGCUGUGCGGAUGGUGUGGUCGGGUUCAGAGUCGGGAAUGGUGAAUGUGACUGUCGUAGGCAACCUUAAUGGUGUACCCCUUCCGAUCGUGAACGUCCUGCCACUGCUCAGUUAUGUGUUCACUUCAGUGCCUCCGGUUGAUCAUACACUCACUGCUCUCCUGGAGCCAUGGAAUUUACUCUAAGUAUCGAACUCCUGUUUCCUGGAGUAUAUGAACGGCUUACACAUAGCGAACCUCAGCCGACGUCAACUCGACUCCUUCUGAGCCCCAUCUGCCUGACAUGAUCGGACAUGGAGCACACCGGUUUAUGACAAUAGGAACCGGAAGGUCGGCAACGAAGAGACGGUGUCCUUGAUCCGUAGGGACACCAUGUAGGCACCCUCAAUUUGGUGCGCUGGCUGUCCUUCCAACCUGUCUCCCAGAACCCUGUACUGAACCUGCUCACUGGAGGAAUUUGUGGGGGUUGUUACUGCGCAGCAGCACGCAGUUUUUGGAUGGAAGGACCGCUUGUUAUAGCUCGCGACGUUAUCUUGGAGCUGCCGAAUGUGGAUGUGGUAGGAGCAGCUGGAUCAUUGUGUAGAGAAUGGUUCUGAGUUAAGCUGGACUCCAGACAAGAACUACUCGUAUUUGAAAAGAAGAAUUACGGAAUCCGGGACUGAAGGUCGCAUCGCUGUCAUGUUAUGUACAUUUGAAGAGAACUCGGAAACAAGCAAAACUCGCAUCACUUGGCGCAUCAUGUGAGAUACGACGCUUCAAAGAAUUUAAUGUUACUGGCACCCGUGCAGUCCCAAGACAGAUUCCACUUCGAUGUUCUCGAGCAUUUCUGGUAUUUUCCCGGACACUUGGCCCGGCUGAUUGGUACGUCCUGUCGUUUCAAGACAUUCCCGGCUCCUCGCGCAAGAGGCUGGGAUUGGGAUUGGCGUUGAGGAUUUGCGCAGCCAAGCGUGGGAGAGGGAUUCGUGUUCGAGUAUGAUGAUUUCAAAGACCGAGAUGCGUGUUCGUGAUCAUGUGGUUAAAAUUCUAAGAAAGCAAAAUUCUUCUGGAGGAGGAGUGCCAGCAGCAACAGCAGGACAAGCUGCCACACCGAAUGUACCAUUGACUCCCGGAGCUCAAUUUGAUCUAGCAGAAAUGGAACGCCGCCUGAAGCUCUUGCAAUUUGAUAGUGAGUUGCAAAAGUUGCAUUCCCACUUAGUUAUUGGUGCGGUGCUGUCUGAAACGCAGUUCUGGUCUGCUCGGUUGCACAUGCUGGAUGGGUUUAGGGUUUAGAAAGACUCAUUUAUGGUAAUCGAAUGUUAUAUUUCUAUAUAAUUUCUUUAUAUUUCAUGUAUAGUUUUCUAUCCACAACCUUAUUUUAUCUAAAUCAGAGAAU